CUAGAGUCUCUUCCCAUUUGCUGCCGUUACCGUCGGCACUAAAACCCUAAUUUCACUUUCCCCAUUGCUCGAGUAAAAACCUUAAACCCAAAUCUCCCGGCCGCCCCUAUCACAUUUCAGAAUCACAUCGCAUAUGCAACUUCAGCAAUGGCGAUAAAGAAGUCGAAGAAGUCCACCGACGGCGACACCAAUAAGUCCAGCGAUGCAGACCUCCUGAAAUCUGAAGUCGCUUCUUUCGCUUCCUCGCUCGGCCUCGCUUCUUCCGCUCCCUCCUCUUCCUCCGGCUUCAACGAUGUCGAUUUUCGGAAACCCGCCCAUCCCAAACCAGCUCAGAAGACCUCCAAACCGAAUGUUCGAUCGGAUAAAAGCAAAACUCCCCAGAACCAGGAGAAGAAUUCCAAAAACGAGAAACCCGCCGGAGCCCAGUUUAAAGCCAAACCAAAACCUCCUGUUCUGACGCUGGACGACGCAAACAAUACCAGAGCAACAUCGGUUGAGAAGUACAAGAACCUCCCCAAGCUGCCACUGAUAAAGGCAAAUGCAGUGGGUGUGUGGCACGUGGAUGCUGCGGAAUUGGAGGUGAAAGUGCUGGGAGAGGCUAACAAGAAGGUGGAAGUCAAGAUGAGCGUGGAGGAAUGGAAAAUGUUUGUGGAGAAGAAGAGGGAGGUUGGGGAGAGGUUGAUGUGGCAGUAUGCACAAGACUAUGAACAGAGUAGAGGGCAGAAUGCUGAUAUUAAGAUGCUUGUCACUACUCAGAGGUCUGGUACUGCUGCUGAUAAGGUCUCCGCCUUUUCUGUCCUCAUUGGAGAUAAUCCCAUGGCUAAUCUGCGUUCUCUCGAUGCACUUGUUGGAAUGGUGGCAUCAAAAGUGGGGAAGCGUCAUGCGUUGUCAGGUUUCGAAGCAUUGAAAGAACUUUUUGUUGAAAGUUUGCUUCCUGAUCGUAAGCUGAAGACACUCUUGCAGAGGCCUCUUAAUGAUCUUCCCGAGACAAAAGAUGGUUAUUCCCUUCUUCUCUUUUGGUAUUGGGAGGAUUGCCUAAAACAGAGGUAUGAACGUUUUGUUCUGGCCCUUGAGGAUGCAUCCAGAGAUAUGCUACCCAUACUAAAAGACAAGGCUUUGAAGAGCAUGUAUAUGCUGUUGAAGAGCAAAUCAGAGCAGGAGCGCAGAUUGCUCUCAUCCUUAGUGAAUAAACUAGGUGAUCCUCAAACUAAGGGUGCAUCAAAUGCGGAGUAUUAUUUGACAAAUUUGCUCUCUGAUCACCCCAGUAUGAAGGCUGUAGUCAUUGACGAAGUGGACUCCUUCCUCUUUCGCCCUCACUUGGGCAUGCGAGCCAAAUACUAUGCCGUCAACUUUUUGAGCCAAAUUCGACUAAGCAAUAGAGGAGAUGGACCGAAGGUUGCAAAGCGUUUGAUAGAUGUGUACUUUGCAUUAUUCAAGGUGUUGAUCACUGAGGCAGGUGUUAGUCAGAAAACGGAUAAAGACAGCAAAAUUGAAGAUAAGAGUACUUCUGGUCCUUCUAGGGAAGGGAAAGUUAAAGCUUCACAAGAAUCUCAUAUUGAGAUGGAUUCACGGCUUCUUUCAGCUCUUUUAGUGGGGGUCAAUAGGGCGUUUCCUUAUGUUUCAAGUAACGAGGCUGAUGAUAUCGUAGAGGGCCAGACACCAAUGCUCUUCCAGCUGGUUCACUCCCAAAACUUCAAUGUAGGAGUUCAAGCCUUAAUGCUCCUUGAUAAAAUCUCUUCCAAGAAUCAGAUUGUUAGUGAUCGUUUCUACCGUUCCUUGUAUGCUAAGCUUCUACUUCCAACUUCCAUGAAUUCCUCCAAGGUGGAAAUGUUUAUUGGCCUAAUCCUCAGAGCCAUGAAAAAUGAUGUGAACUUGAAGCGCGUCUCCGCAUUCGCAAAGCGCCUGUUGCAGGUUGCUAUGCAUCAGCCACCUCAAUACGCUUGUGGAUGCCUGUUUCUACUCUCUGAAGCUCUCAAAGCGAGACCCCCUCUAUGGAAUAUGGUGCUUCAGAACGAGGCCGUGGAUGAAGAAGAUGAGCAUUUUGAGGAUGUCGUUGAGGAAAACGACAAGAAAGAUCCUACUGAUCUCCCUACAAUGGAUGAAAGUAUUGAGAAGGAAGACCAUGAGCAUGAAUCUGACUCUUCUUCCGAAGAUGAAGAAGAAGGUAAGACUGUCGCCUCAAGUUCUGACGACGACGAUGAUGAUGAUUCAGACGAUGAUGCUGGUCAACUGCUAAGAGUAGAUCAUUCAGAAAAAGUACAAUCGGAACCGGAACCUAACAAGGAUGAUUUAAAAGCUGAUACUAUACUGGCUAGAGCUCCCUUGCCAGGGGGUUACGACCCUCGCCACAGAGAGCCAUCUUACUGCAAUGCUGACCGUGCCAGCUGGUGGGAGCUUCGAGUACUCGCUACCCAUGCCCACCCUUCAGUAGCCACCAUGGCUGGAACGCUUCUCUCUGGCGCCAACAUAGUCUACAACGGAAACCCUCUAAACGACCUGUCGCCGAGUGCUUUCCUCGACAAGUUCAUGGAGAAGAAACCGAAGCAGAAGGAAUGGCACGGCGGCUCCCAAAUCGAACCCUCCAAGAAGCUCGACAUGGACAAUAACCUGAUCGGGCCGGAGAUUCUGUCCCUGGCGGAGGAAGACGUUGCUCCCGAAGACGUGGUGUUCCACAAAUUCUACGCCAACAAAGCCAACAGUACGAACCCCAAGAAGCAAAAGAAGAAGAAGAAAAAGACCUCUGCGGAAGAGGACGCCGAGGAUCUGUUCGACGCGGGAGAUGGCGGCGCUGAUGAUGACGUGGCCGGAGGCGACGAGAGCGACAACGAAGAGAUUGAGGAGCUGCUGGACGCUACAUUGGAUCAAGACGACAGCGGUGAGUAUGACUACGAUGAUCUGGACCAAGUCGCCGGUGAGGAUGAUGAUGAGUUGGUGGGUGACGUUAGCGAUGUUGACAUGGAAGCCCUGUCGGAUGUCGCCGAGGGAAAAGACGAUAGCGACAUUGAGGUCGGAGACGCUGAUUACGGCGAUGAGGAUGAAGAGGAGGCCGUUGAUACGAAGAAAAGACGACGGCCAGGGAAGAUCGGCGGUGGUAAGGGUGCUUCCCCGUUUGCGAGUAUUGAAGAGUACGAACAUUUGCUGAGAGAUGAAGACGAUUAUGGAACUCCCAAGAAGGAGAAGAAGAUGUCCGGCAAGAAGCCAAAAUCGCGGAAGAAGAAGCAGAAAACUACAACUGACUGAUUGAUUUCAAACAUUUAUGAUACAUUACAGAUGCAUUGUACACCUUAAUUUAAGCUCUUGAACAUUUGAGCGGAAAACAGAGGAACAAGCUGAGCUACUGGUUGCUAGAACAACUACUACUAUGGUGCAGGCGUGCAGCUACAUAACAUUGGUGAUCAGUUUCAGGAGAAUGCCACUCCACUGUGAAGUUCAUUGCAGUAAGUGUUAUUCCAACACUUGUAAUGACAACUAAUAGAAAAAGAAGAGAUUAUAGGUACAAUAUGUAACUGGUUCCACUAUGAAGUUUUAUCAAACAUGUCAUACACUAUUUUUUAACAUCAAACAUGUUCAUGUACUUUGGAAAAAUGAUCAAGUAUGCACACUCUAUAACAUCGCGAUGAUCUAACAAUCAAACAUUGAUCUCGUGUUUACAUGUAUAGUAGCAUCCAACUAAACAAGCGUAAAAAGAUUUAAAAAAUAAACACUAUCUUGGUCUAAUAAUAGCUCAUUGAUGAAAUAGUUAGAAUAAUCAUAUGAAAUCAAGUAGAAUUUGAUAGAAGAAGAAAAUGUAUCAAAUAUAUUAUAGAUAGAGAGUCUUAUCAGAAAUACCCGACACUUAGACUUUGCUUGUCCCCAAGUAAACACAACCCACAAUCAUACAACUCAAUGAACACUAAGAAGCAUCAAUCAUCAAUCGAACCUAAUCUUACGUGGUAAAUCAAAAGUGAACUAUUCGGUUUAAUAAUAUUCAAGUAUUAUUAAAUUAUUUAUCAGAUCUAUCCAAUAUUUUUCUAUAAGCAUGUGCAUCAAUCAAUAAACAAGAUUACAUAAACUUUAUCUCGAAAUACCCUACCAUUCUUCUCCCCUUUCCUCCCAAUUUCUUCCUCAAAUUGCUAGUUCUCCUUCUAAACCUCUAAAUUCCUAAUUCAAUUCGAUUCUCAAUUAUCAUAACCCCACCCGAAAACAAACAAGAUCAUUGGAUUCCUAUCAUCUUUCCACUUCAAUUUCUGGCUUUCCCAUUAAUAACGGAUAAACAUUCCUGAAAGCCAACUGUAGUGUACGUGUGCCAAAUUGCAAUGGAGAUCCCAAACGCACUACCGUACUAUCAGCCUAAGUCUUAUUAGCUGGUUGGCACCAAAACAACGGGCCUCAGGCCUGGCCUCCCAAUCCAUAAGCCAUCCGGGCCCCCAUCGUCUGGGCCCACUCUUCACAUCCUUUUUAUACUUAUUAUUAUUAAAAAAGCAAAACCGUAAAAAGCAAACAAAAAAUUAGGGCUGGGCAUGCGGGCUGGUCACCUGCUGGGUUUGGGUCGAUCCGUUUGCAUUUUAUCCGAAUUUCGUUAUGUGGAUGGGUAUGUGGGUGAUUGUCGGAUUGUGCUGGGAGGCAUUCAUUGGGUGGCGGGUGAGUUGUGGGCGGGUGUGCGGGUGACCCGCUCAACUCAACAACAAAAAGAACAAAGUCGUUGGCGCUGGAGAGUGGAGAGAUAUUUCGAAUUCAGCUGGAUGAUUGAUUUAGAGACGUUGACGGAUACUAGGGCUACUCCUAGAUUGAAUCUCAAAGCCAAUCUUCCAAAAUUUGACUUCCCUCUUCUUCCCUUUGUUUUUUCCUCAGAUUCUUGUGCCCAAAUUACCUCUCUUUCCUCCAUUGAAUUAUUUUUCUUAGUUUCUUGCACCCGAUAAUCAUCUCCAUCAAUAGGAAACUCCUCCAUAAUAGAAUUCUAUCCAUUUU